CCCGAACUGCCACCAGUGUUCCGAGAGCCUCCGCUCCGACAACAAACCCACCGCCUCUCCGCCUCCCCUGCACUCUACGGGAACUCCCCGCGUUGCACUACGAGCGUCGUCGUCCUGAGUCUCUGCUGCCUCUCUUUCUCUCUGUGUGGACGUGGAGCUCCUGAGGAAGCGUCAUGAGGGUUUCUCUGCUGCUGAUCUUCGCUCUCGCGGCUCUCGUGGCGGCCGCUGAGGCGAAAAAAUGCAAGGGCGAGUGCGUGUCCGCCGGCUCGUGUGAAGGGAAGCAGACGAAGGCCGAGUGCGACGGCGACCAGGUCUGCUGCAUCACCGGAAACAAUGUUGGCAUCAAAAGGAACUGCAACCCCACUCGCAAAUGCAACAAGCUCAACGGUGAAUGCAGGAGAAAGAGCUGUCUCCCUGGAGAAGUCAAGUUCAAGAACAAGGGCAGGAAGGUCUUCUGUGAGGGCAAGAAGAAGUGCGUUUGCUGUGCCAGAACCUGCGAAAACAAGGGCUUGUGCAACCUUAAGGGCGGUUUCUGUCAGCCCAUAUCUGUGCCUUGCGACGGGACGCUGGAGACUGGCAAACCUUAUUGCAAGGCCAACAAGAAGCUGAAUGGAGGCAAAAAGAACAAGUGCGGAUGCUGCAUUCCAUCAGGUAAGUGAUGCUCUUCAGGAAAUAUUCUUGUGCCCAGAUAGCCUUUCCAGUUAUGAGGAUCGGCUUUGCUACAACUUAAGUUAUUAAGUCAGCAGCAUAAUGGCACUUAGUUUGUGCAAACAACUAGAAUUUUGCAAUAUCAAGCACGUAAUCAGAAUUUGAGUGCGUUGAUGUUCAUAUAGAGUUAGAGGGAUAAGCUCAGUUCAUCAUCAAAUCCAUGCAUUAUGUUUUACAGGACAAACGUUUGGAUGAUAAAGAUAUAUCAUUCAUUGUCAUUUCCUUAUUCAUAUUUCUUUCAUAUGUAUCCUGCAGUGUCAACGGUCCCCAUCUGCCGCGAACCGUUCAUUCGGCAAUUAACCGCAAUUGCAUUUUCGAAAGGCAUUUCCAAUACUAUCGUCUGCCUUUUCACUAAAAUGUGGCGAUUUCGAUUCGUUCGAUUUUCAGUCGUUUAUUCUUUUCUUUUUUUCAUGCAUGCAAGGGGGCUUUCAAUCUCUUUUCUGUCUCUUUCUGCGUUCUGUGCUUCUCUCUCCUAUUUAUGUACAAGUCUGCUUUCUGUUGGGUUUGUCUGCUCUCUACUUUAAUAUGAAUAAUCAUAUUUUUCUUUUCAGAUCCACUUAUAACAAUACCUGUACUAAAUGUAAUUUUCUAUUUAUAGCGACGUGGCUGGAAGUGAGGAGAGAAAAUGGGUUCAGAAGCAUGUUAAAUUUGAUUAAUAAUUGUACCAAUAAAAAAAACAUUAAAGGUAACAUUAAAAGGUCUGACAAAA